AUGGCAGUGACAGAAAUGCAGCUGUACCACCGAUGCUACAACUCCUGGUUGGCCCUGAGGUUCUACGCUACUGGCUGUUUCCAGAGGGUGGAUGGAGACCUGUUCGGUCUACACAACUCAACUGUUUGCCGUAUUGUCAGCAGAGUGUCUCGGUCCAUUGCAUCUCUGAAGAACCAGUACAUCCGAUUCUCUCCAACAGUGGAAACAGCUGCUGGUUUCUACAGGCGAGCUGGAUUUCCAGGGGUGCUGGGUGCUAUUGAUUGCACACAUAUCCCGAUACAGAAUCCUGGUGGUGUGAAUGGAGAGCUUUUCCGCAACCGUAAGGGAUACUGCUCCAUCAAUGUUCAAGUGGUGUGUGAUCAAAAAUCUGAAAUAACCAACAUUGUAGCACGUUGGCCAGGAUCAACUCAUGACAGCAGGAUCUUUGACAACAGUCAGCCUUGUGCCAUCCUCGAGAACCAAGCUUAUGAGGGCCAUCUCCUUGGGGAUAAUGGUUAUCCAUGCCGCUCAUACCUGAUGACUCCACUUCUGAACCCUCAAACACCAGCAGAGAGAAGGUACAACUCCCGUCACAUUGCAGCCAGAGGAGUGAUAGAACGACUCUUUGGAGCAUGGAAAAGAAGGUUUCCCUGCAUUAAAGAUGGACUGCGCACAAAGCUGGACACCACCUUGACCGUCAUUGUCGCAGUUGCAGUUCUCUACAACUUUGGAAAGAGGCGUGGAGAUGAGCUACACUUUGAAGCCGAUGAGGACCUACAUGAGGACAGAGAGGACAGAGAGGAUGACCAGGAGCACAAUGCCAAUCCAAGUGGGAAUGCUCGACCUCGAGUGAGUCUGGGGUAA